CUCUAGAGCAAAGGCUUCUUUCUUAAAGCCCAUAGCAGGUACGUUACAUCAUGUUACAUUCUGAUUUUAGAAUCUCCAGGUGUCUGAGGGUGAUAGGAGUUAUACUCCUCUACUAUGUGUAGUCUCCUGACGUUGUGUGGGGUGAAGGUUCUGGCGAGGAGGAAGUGAGAGCGCGCUGGGUGCUUGAGUGCGGAUAUAUGGUGAAGUAUACGUUAAAGGUACUCAGAUGUCCCCCAUUCCUUUAAAAAAGAAGAAGAGAGGGGCAGCUGCCCCCGAUGAUCCACCUUCCUCUGACUGCCUGUUUCCGGAGGUCCGCGUGUUCUUCGUGGAGCGUAAGAUGGGGUCCUCACGGAGGCGAUUUCUGACGUCGCUGGCACAGAGGAAAGGGUUCUGUGUUAUGCCGGAGUACAGUGAUGCUGUGACACAUGUGGUGUCCGAGGGAAACUCGUACUCCGAGGUACUGGAAUGGAUUCAGAAACACGCGUCCCAUCCUGUGGCAUCUGGGGAUACCAGGCCCGGACUCCAUAUUCUAGACAUCAGCUGGUUCACAGAGAGUAUGAGCUGCGGCAGACCUGUUACUGUGGAGCCCAGACACUCUUUAGGGGUUGGUCAAUCUUUGGGUUCAGCUGAUAAGGCUUUGCCAUCACCAAUACCACAAUAUGCCUGUCAGUGCAAGACACCCAUAGUUCACCAUAACAAGGAGAUCACGGAGGCUCUUGAAAUCCUUGCACGGGCAGCAUCCUUCCAGAGCUCGGAGGUUCGCUAUUUAGCCUUCACAAGGGCUGCAUCAACGCUAAAAUCGCUGCCUUUCAAGCUUCGGUCUGUAGAUGAUAGCAAAGGUUUGCCCUGGUGUGGAGGUCACUGCAACAUGGUCAUUCAGGAAAUCCUGGAAGACGGAGUGUGCAGGGAAGUGGAGAUGGUGAAGAGCAGUGAGCGGUACCAGGUUAUGGAGCUGUUAACAGGUAUUUUUGGUGUUGGGGUAACCACUGCAGAGCGAUGGUACAAAGAGGGUGUGCGAAACCUAAGUGACUUAAAAAGCAUUGAAAGGAAACUUACGAAGGAGCAGAAAGUAGGGCUGCUGAAUUUCACUGAUUUACAGACGCCUGUGACACGUGAGGAAGCAGAACACGUCGAGCGUCUGGUAAGAGAUGUUUUCGAGAGAUUCAAACCCGGCGUCCAGGUCACAAUGACGGGUGGAUUUCGCAGGGGGAAACAGCAGGGACACGAUGUGGACUUCCUUAUUACACAUCCUGAUGAAGAUGCUCUAGAUGGAGUUCUGAAUAAAGCUGUUAAUUGGCUUGAGCGCAAGGGUUUGCUCUUGUACCACCACUUGAAAAAGAGGAGUCCUGUGAAACACUCUGUGUCCAGUACCAUGGAUGGCCAUGAAACAUGUUAUACCAUAUGGGCUCUUCCAAACAGUGACCCACGAAGUACGGAUCUUACAUUAAAACCAUGCGAGAGGGCGGAUGUGGAUAUUAUGGGCUCCUGUUCUGAGCUACCAACAACUAAAGACUGGAAAGCUGUCCGGGUGGAUCUGGUGGUCGCACCACACUCGGAAUAUUUCUACGCCCUUCUGGGAUGGACCGGAUCAAAGCACUUUGAAAGAGAGCUGAGACGCUUCUCUCUACAGGAGAGAAAGAUGUCCCUGAACAGCCACAGGCUUUAUGACACCGUAAAGAUGUGCUCUCUGCCUGCUGGGUCUGAAGAGGAAAUCUUUUCACAUCUGGGUCUGCAGUAUGUACCUCCAUCAGACAGAAAUGCCUAACUGGAAGAGUGCAAGAACUCUCAAAGGCGGCGUGCUUUUCAUACGCUCCUGCCGCACAGACUGAGACUAUUAAUCGGGUAAAAAAAUCAGGUAACUGCAGAAAUGUUUGCAUGUAA